AUGGCGAGGAGAGGAACUGGAUCUACGGGAAAGAGCAUAGAGCUUCUUGCUAACCAUUUUAGAGUUGAUAUGGGGAGGAACAAAGGCUACUUCUUCCAUUAUGAUGUUGCCUUGCGUAAUGAAGAUGGGAAAUCAGUUCAAGCCAAGGGCAUAGGGAGAAAAGUCCUAGAUGAGGUUUGGAGAACAUGUACUGAACUGGCAGAGUUUAGUUUUGCAUAUGACGGUGACCAAAGUUUAUUCACUCUUCAUCCUCUACCAUGUGAGAAGCAACAAUAUACUGUUGAGUUAAAGCAAACUUUAUCAAGGAGGGUUGGAAGCCCCGAUAAGCGUCUUAAUGGAGGAAAUAUAAAAAUUCACAAUUCGGAUAUCAACUACGAGACCACAAUUCCGUUGCGAGCUAUUGAGAAUACAAUGGAUGAUCAGGCUUCUGGAAACUCUUCGGAAGCACAUGAUGUUCCAAACAACAUUCAGAGACAGCAUGCUACAACACUAUCACGAUCUCGGUUGAAAGUUAUCACUGUGGAUAUCAACUAUGUAGCCAAAAUUCCAUUGCAGGAAAUUGCAAAUGCAUUGAGUGGUCAGAAUUCUGGGAAGUUUCAAGAAGCACUGAGGGUUCUAAACAUGGUGCUAAGACAGCAUGAUGCAGAAAGGGGAUGCCUCUUUGUUCGCCAUUCCUUCUUUCAAAACAAUGAGAUAAAUUGUAUGGAUAUUGGUGGUGGUGUGCUAGCCUGCGGUGGUUUCCGCUCGAGCUUUCGUUCCACACAACGAGGAUUAUCUCUCAACGUUGAUGUGUCGAAUACAAUGAUUGUAAAGCCUGGACCUGUGGUGGACUUCCUUCUCCAGAAUCAGAAUGUUGGGAACAUUAAAAACAUUAACUGGACAAAGGCAAAAAGAAUGCUUAAGAACCUAAGAAUCAAGGUUAAUGGUGUUGAAUACAAAAUCACUGGACUGAGUGACAAAACCUGCAGGAAUCAGAAAUUUCUCUUGAAGCAAAAGGGUGAAGAAAAGGAGAAUGAAAUCACAGUUUAUGACUACUUUACAAACAAUAAAAUGAUUGGCCUGCAUAGUUCAGCUGAUAUGCCGUGCAUCAAUGUUGACAAACCACAACGCCCGUGUUACUUUCCAAUAGAGCUGUGUGAGUUGGUACCGUUGCAGCGGUACACCAAGGCACUGACAAAUUUGCAAAGGGCUCAGCUAGUGGAAAAGACAAGGCAAAGUCCCAAAGACAGGAAAGCUGAGGUUGAAAAAUCCUUAAGAAGCAACGAAUAUGAUAACGAAUUAAUGCUUCGCUCUCUUGAGAUUAACAUUGAUCAUAACAUAACAAGACUUGAGGGUCGUGUAUUGCAACCUCCAGAGGCAAGUUUACCUAUAUUAUAUGAAUUUCUUAUAGUUGGACAACAGAGAUGCAUCACUCCCCUCCAUGGGCGCUGGAAUUUUAUUGAUAAGCAACUAUUUGCCCCUGUGACAAUUGAUAAAUGGGCCGUUGUAAGCUUUUCAAGUGAGUGCGACACAACACUGUUGAUAGAAAACAUUGACAAUAUUAGUGCUGCUCUAGGAAUGAACAUAAAGAAUUUACUACACGGGAAGGUAAUUGAAGAGAAUUCUAGAUUUAUAAAUCAACCAGCACAUGUGAGGAUAGAACAAAUGCAUAAAAAGUUGGACAAGACUCUACCAGGAAAACCUAGUUUUCUGUUGUGUAUUCUUCCAACAAAGAAUUCUGAUAUUUACGGUCCGUGGAAAAAGAAAUUUUCUAUUGAUGGCGGGAUCGUAACACAAUGUAUUAGUGCACAACAAAAAUUUGAUCAUCAGUACAUUACUAAUGUACUCUUGAAAAUCAACCUGAAGUUUGGCGGGGUGAAUACCAAUCUGUCAAUGGAGCAUGAGAAGAAAAUUCCUAUUGUUUCUGCUAAACCCACCCUAAUUCUUGGUAUGCAUGUUUCUCAUGGAUCUCCUGUUGGAUUAAAUGUGCCCUCCAUUGCUGCGGUUGUGAGCUCAAGAUGUUGGCCUCAAAUUACGCGUUAUAGAGCUGCUUUCCGUGUACAGUCAGCAAAAAAUCAGUUGAUUCAAUCUUUGUUUAUGCCUGAUGAGGCUGAUCAUCCUUCAGAGGACAAGGGUAUCAUCAGGGAGCUACUGUUGGAAUUUUUCGAAAGUUCAAAGAGUAUAAAGCCUCAACAAAUUAUCAUUUUCAGGGAUGGAGUGAGCGAAUCACAGUUCAAACGAGUACUAAAUGAUGAGUUAAAUCAAAUAAUACAGGCAUGCAAAUUACUUGAUGGAGACUGGGACCCAAAGUUCACUUUGAUUAUAGCCCAAAAGAAUCAUCAUACUAGGUUCUUCAACGCCAAUGAUGAAGAUUAUGAUGUUCCAGUUGGAACCGUAAUUGACAGCACUGUCUGUGACCCAAAAAACAAUGACUUCUACUUGUGUGCUCAAGCUAGGGAGAAGAUCAAAGAAACGACCCGCCAACAUGGAACAACUCGACCUGUUCACUACCAUGUUUUACACGAUGAAAUCGGGUUCUCAACUGAUGAACUGCAGGAACUAGUGCAUUCUCUAUCUUAUAUGUAUCAAAAGAGCACAGCUGCUGUAUCGUUAGGAUCCACUUCUGUGAGAGUUGCUCCCCUUUGUUAUGCCCGCAUGGCGGCUAGACAGGUGACAAAAUUUGUGAAGUUUGAUAAAGAAUGUAAGGCUUCUGGCAACCAUGGUGGAGGCACAUCUUCUGCUGCACCUCCAUUAUCAAUUCUUCCCGAGCAACUCAUGGAGAGCAUGUACUUAUGUUAA